GUCUGUUGUAGUGAUUCCGACUCGGGCUCCUAAAUGAGUUGGAGUUGCUUGCAUGAGACAUGGAUUAGCUUACCUUUAAUAUUUGGGUCUUGUCCCUCUCCGUAGUGGGAAUUGUGAGCUGUUAAUGUUUGAGCAUUUCAGUGAAGAGUGUUUCUGUUUGAACGUGAUGUAGUAACUUUCUCAAAUUAUUCUCGUAUGUGUAACUUGUUGUAAAUACAGCGGAUUACAUCUAGCGACUACGAGUUUCAUAUCCAUUGCGCAUAGUCUCCAUAGAUACCAGACUAAAAAUGUUCGGCGCGACUGCUUCUUCUUCGUCUGCGGUAGUGAAGCCGCGCUUCGAGUACAAACUCGAGGCACGUAAGUAUCGGAAUCCGGAGUUUGGGGAGAUGGGAACGCAAUAUUGUCAUCUGUACAGGAACUUCGCAUUAAUUUGAUAGCAUACUAAGUUUUCAUCCAAUAGCUGCAGCUGCGAUUUCAGUUGUAGUUGUUUCGGAUUUCUUCAGAUGAUGAUAAAAAUGUGAUCGUGAUCAUUUGUUUUGCGAGUGGGGAAGGAUGUUGCCGUCCGUCUCGAUUCCAUGUGUCUAUUGUCUCACGCUCACCAGGUACCAUGUUCGAUUACACGAACUGAAGCCAUCUCUAUUGGCUGCCGUCGAAAAGAAAUGGCCAGGUGUGAAGGUGCUAUCAAAUAUCGCACUGGUGAACCUUGCGGAUUGCAAGAUAGGCGACAGUUAUGUCGUUCUCGGCACGCUCAUGAAGAAAUUCAAGAAGCGGGAGAGUGUGUACUCAUGGGCUUUUUUGUGGUCCGUUUAUUAAGACAGUUGUCGAUGUAUGAAAUUUUUAUUGUUCACUUAGUGACAUGGCAUCAUAGACCGGUAGAAGAUCUCACCUUAAACAAACUGCCUCCAACAUUCUCAGGUUUGAGAAAGGAAAGCUGAAGGAAGUGAUAUCCGAGUUGACAGAUCGAACAGAGAAGUGGGCCUCGCCAGAGGAUAUAUUGGUAUCAUUCUAAUAUGGGAUAAAAAUUUUUCCUGCAACGAUAAUAACUAAAGCGGGUGAAGCAAGAUAAUCGACACGAUUAAACGAGAACAUGAUAAUAGGUCGCUGGAGCUUAAUAUGUUUCUCGCAUUCAUUUUCAAUGAUCAGAGUAUCCACGACGACACGAGUUCGAUUCAUCUAUGCGGGACCGUGGAUCCUGGCGAGUUCGUAACGGGCCUGGUCGUGGCCGUGAAAGGGCACAAGAGCUCGAAGACCUCGCCAUUUCACGUGGAGGACACGUGUUUACCUGGCUCCCCAUCCGUCUACAAGUCUACUGAACAGGCUGGUGGCUCCGCUUCCUCAACCGGUGCAGGACCUAUGGAUAUAGAUGGUGAGACAGCAGCGGCCCCUUCAGGAAUAGCUGGCGACAAGAGCACUGGUCUUGUUCCACUACCCUUUCGAAGUCAAAUGCGAUCUGAUGGGGUCUAUUGCGCCUUCGUGUCGGGACCACUGUUAGCAAGAAAAGAAGCGCUAGGAGUGCUUUUCGAGCGGCUGAGUAGUGAUCCUAAGAUUGCUCACUUGGUGCUAGCGGGGAAUACGGUAUAAAAAUUUAUGAUUAUAUUUAUUUGCCCUCGAUAGUAUUCGUAGCUAGGUCAGCAAGUUGACAACCUUGUUAGUACUGUACGACAUUAGAAGAGGACUUAAAAUGAAUUUGUUUGAUGGAAAAGUUUCAUCACCUCCAUCUUAAAAAAAGUGAGUUAAAGUACAAUCGACCUCCACUACUGCAAUUCUUCUCUUUUUCAGUACUCGAACACGCUGUCGAAAAUCAAGAAAGCAGAUGGUAUCUUUGCCGCUUUCGGGAAGUUGCUUUCAGUGGAUAUUCUACCCGGUUUCCGCGACACUCACGUGGUUUCGUUCCCGUUGGAGCGGCCGGCGCCGAUGCUCUUUCCUGAGAGUUCGCAGAACGCGAACAUACAAGGUGUUCCGUCACCAUACGAUGCACUUUUGGGGAGUGUACGCGUCCUUGGACACGCAGGCGAACCGACAGAGGAUAUCCAGAGAUGCAGCGCUAUCGCUGAUACGCUUGAUGCGCUAAAACUCUGUCUCGAGUCACGGCAUAUCGCGCCAACUUGUCCCGACACGCUGAAUUGCGCUAGCUUCAAGGACGUAGAUCCGCUGUUGAUGCAGGACGCUCCGCAAUUGUUUUUUGCCGGUGGCCAGUCGACGGCGCGAGCAGCACGUUACCGGGACCAGACGACGCUGCUGUGCAUCCCGGACAUCCGGAAGCAGGCAGCCCUCGUCCUGGUGAACAUUAAUGACGCGACAGAUGUUGUGUGCGAACUACUGGAAUUCAAUUGACUAGACGGUGAAGAAGCGCAUCCGCCGAAAAAAAGGAAGACUGGUGCAAGUGACUAAAGUGUCAGGACGACCUACGCACCUAACAUUUUGGGGAGGGGUCGCGCACGAGGUGCACAUGCGCAGUUGUGCAAACUAAUAAAUUGCAGCUUGGUCAUCUUGUUUCAAGAUGGGACACUGUGUCAUUACUUUUCUUUUUGCGAGGCACUUUGCGCAUAUCAUUUUCGAAUCAUAGAACCAAAGUCAAUCGAUCAAAACAUUCCAUACACCGAGAAAGAAGGUAGAUAGCUGGCGGCCUAUCUCAACAGCCAUUGCUGGCGUCGUGGUUCUUUGCGUUGCAAACAAGGAAC